AUGGCUCAAUCUGAACCCAAUGAAGCUUUUCUUAGACAAGUUUUUCAAAGGGUAGACACUGAUAAAUCAGGUUCUAUAUCAUCGAAUGAACUGCAAGCCGCUUUAUCUAAUGGUACAUGGAGUCCAUUUAAUCCUGAGACUGUUCGAAUGAUGAUCGGUAAGUUGU